AUGGGAUCUAGCGAGCUUUCCGACGCUCUCAAUCCUUACUUUACUCAACCCAGGAAUACCCAUUCAUCUAAUGCCAACUACUCUGAGCCUCUUCAGCCAGUCAUGCAGCCUUCGCAGCAGUAUGUCCCUCACCGUAGUGAGCUAGAGCUUGCUAUAUCAGAACUGCCCGCAACUCGGCAAAGAGGGUCUUUUGAAGGUAACGACGCGAUACAAGAGCUUCUACGCGUUGUUACACAGACCAGUCAGGCGCAGGAGAAUGAGCGGAAACGAAGGCAGGCAUGGGAGCAAGAACAAGAAGAACGAUAUUCCCAAAGACAGGCAGAGCUCGAAAGACAGAUGAUGGAAAUGCAGCGAGAAAUCUAUUCUCUUCGAUCGGCUUUUACUGCUGGUCCUUCUGCGCCAACUUCUGAUUUGCAGCAUUCAAGUUACCAGUUUGGCUCGCCAGCUUCACGUCCUGCGACUACUCGAAGUCAUGGGCAAUAUUACUCUCCAAUUUCUCCUGUGCCUCAGAUUUCCGAUCCCUUCAACCAGGGAUCCUCCUCGUCACCUAUCCGGCAAUAUAAUCCUUCCACAACUAACUAUCCUAUGUCAGCAUCUUCACAGUAUAGCUCCCCUAUGUCGCCUGCGCCGUCGUCAUCAUCGUCUCCUCUAGACUCUCCGAUGAUUAUGCCAGGUAGCGAUUCUCCCAUAGGCAUAUCAGCGCUCUCUCCCAAACUACCUUCCGACAAGGGUUCCAAUAAUGACGACUGGUUGGAAGAUCCUGCCCACAAUGGGGACCAUUAUCAGCGAAAAUGUCGCUCUAUCCAGGAAGCAAUGCGUAGGCAUAUGCUACGCCUCAUGGACGUAGGAGAUAAUCAAAUUUUACCGGACAGUCAACCUGAGGGGACGAUCCGCGAUCCAUCCCAGCCAAUUCGGUUCGUGUGGGAAAAGACUAUGAAGCAAUCCGUACACAACAUUCGUAUGAGGUCUUUUGUCCUAGAGGACAUCAAGCAGAACCGCCAACUAUAUAAUGAGCUUCCUGAUAGAGAUUUUAGCAAAAAUAUUUUGGAAUCAGCUUUUGAUCAGAGUUUCACAAAUUUGCGGCAGAAAUUCAAAUCUCAACGAGAUGUCAAGGAAGCAGAGAAUAUGAAGUCCAGGGGAGAUCAAAGGGCACAAAAUGCCCGGAGAUCAGCACGCAGGAAGAAAAAACUUGACACUCGUGCAGCAGCUCGCUUGAGAAUUCCGAAUUUUGAACAUGCAACGUUUGAUGGCGCACUACAACUUGAGUGUAUGUCUUCCGAGGAAUCCGACGAUGCGGACGUAUCUAAACACACUACUCUCUACACUCGCGGUUACCUGUGGAGGAGUAGUCGCCUACUGCGCUUUUUCCAUGCUUUGGAUCAGGAAGAUAUGGCGGUUCCUAAACGCGGUUCAGCGAAAAUGAAUCGCGCAAUUGGUACACCCAAGGAAAGUAUCGGACUCCCUCCGAAAGGAGUCUCAAGCUGGAUGAUAAGCCGGCGGUGGAUUCGUGCGACACAGGUGAAACAACCUGAUCUAUCUGAAGCUUUAGAGAGGUUGGUUUGUGGCUCCCCCAACUUGCCCCCUGAGACUGUGUUUCAGCUUGGCGAAGAGAGUGAAGAGGAGGAAGAGGACAACCAAGUGAUUCAGAGUGAAGUAUCAGGACAAUUGCAUAUAGCCAUGCCUCAACAUUACUCCAGUAGUCUGCAUAACGCUCUAGCUUGA